AUGUCACAAGAACGCCCGAUAGAAAAGGCGACCUCCUCCACGAAAGAAUGUGUCGAAGUGGCUAGAAAUGCUUCAUCAGUUCUAAGCAUCCCCGAACUUUUAGAGCUAAUUCUUUGCCACGUUGCCCGUUGGCCCUUCUUCGGGCGGAGAAACUUCAAGUCUGUCAAGGACGCCGACAGCCUGAUUGAUUUGUACCACUGCAGCCUUGUUUGCAAGUUCUGGAAGGGCAUCGUGGACACCUCGCCAUCCAUUUCCAGAAAGCUUUGGAAAUGCAACGACACACAACCAAUACCUCCAGUUGAAUACCAGAAAAGUCCAUUCAACUGUCAAGUUCGAACUUUUGUCCGGGAAGGAGAGUUCUAUCCGACCAUUAACUAUCCGUUUAUUUCUUGGCUCGCUUGGCGAGUUCCUGGGUGUUUUCGCGACGAGGGCGCACGUGAUAUACGAAACCUUCACGACCAAUACAUCCAGGACAAAUUUCCGUCAUCCUAUUUCUCAAACCCUCCAACAACUGAAGUUUUGAUCGAACUCGGAAAAUUGGAAGCUGCCAUUCACCCGGAAUUGUGCAAGUCAGAACAUAUUUCCGCUAUAUGGGUCAGUCACAUGAAUGGUUGGAGUAACCCGUCCCAGUCGUUCAUUGUCAGACAUGAGAACGGUGUGACGGUCAAGAAUAUUAUCGAAGCCAUAGCAACACUGAUGGACCCGAAAUUCAAGGAGUUAUAUUACAACCCCGAUCCUGUGAAGAGCAAUAUAUUCAGAGAAAUGAAAGUCGGGAUUUUCAGGCAGAUAGAACAAGAAGCGGGCCCGGGAGACCAAGUGAAUUGCUGGGCUUUAACAACACGAUAUGGCUCUUUCAUGACGGGUGAGCUAGGAGAAACACAGACAUAUGAAAUCUCAAAUAAGUCUAAACUCUAUGCAGGACAGAGACGAGACUAA